AUGUAUCUUAGGAAGCAGGUAAAAUUGUCCUGGUCUACAGUCAAUAGGAUUGAGUGUCUCAUAGACGUUUAUACGUCGGACGGACCCUUACAAACUCCUGACAUCUGUCCCGUGCUCAAUAAAUCUAGUGUUCCUCUCUCCGAGUCGGAGACCUCACUUCUUUCUAAGGGGCUGAAUUUCUGUCCCACGCCACAUGAGGUCGACGGAAAACAAGUCAGAGAGGAUACCCGAGCAUUUUUUCGGAGACUUCGACUGAAGGAGCACUUCUCUAGAAAAAACUCCGAUGAUGAUUCAUACGACUCUUCCCAGCCACAAUUGUACGACCUAGAGAAACACAAACUCUAUCGGCCCAAAAGCAACUUGGAACCUGCACCAGGCAAAUGCGGAGCCCUUGAGUCGUAUAUUGACGCCGUUGUGUCAGACAUUGAGAAACUCCUUUCCAUGCCAGACAAGGCCCCCGACAAUUUAAGUAAGGAAGAGAGAUCCGCCUUACAAUCAUUAAAGAAUCGGGAUGACAUCGUGAUCAAGAAAGCAGACAAAGGUUCUACAGUAGUAGUACUUGACAUAAAGGCGUACAUGGCGGAGGCCCAUAGACAACUCUCAGACGAACGUUUCUAUAAGAAACUUGACUCUGACUUUACUAAAGAAUUCUCCACCGCUAUCACCAAAACUCUCCAUGAAAUGUUUGAAAAUAACGGGAUUGGUAUAAACGUCUAUGAAACACUCAAUCCUAUUGACUGUAGACCAGGACAAUUUUACCUGCUUCAUAAAGAAGGCAUGCCAGGUCGCCCUAUAGUUAGUGCAAUCAGACAUCCCACGGAGAAAAUUUCUGAAUACAUUGAUUUGCAUCUCCGUCCACAUGUAGAAAAUCUGCCAUCCUAUCUCAAGGACACCACAGACUAUAUCAACAAGACGCCCUCGACUAGUCUUCCAGAUCAUACUCUUCUCGUGACUAUGGACGUUACAUCUUUGUACACCAACAUUCCGCACGAUGAGGGUAUCGAGGCCUGUAGAGAAGUCUGGGACAAUACUACAUCUACCUUGAUUGAUGGCGAAAUCGAGUUUAGUCUCCACACGAAACCCACCGAUUCUCACCUAUAUCUCAUGCCGACUAGCUGUCAUCCCCAACACACAUUCAAGGGUGUGCCUAAGGGUCUGGCUACCAGAACUCGUCGCAUCUGUUCAUCCCCUGCCUUAUACCAGGAACAGAGCAGUCUCCUAAAGUCCCAUUUAUGCAAUAGAGGCUACAAAGCCCACAACGUACAAACUGCUAUUGAUGAGAUGGCAGGACACGACAGACAAAACCUCUAA